GUAAAACGCAGAUGUCACACUUCUACACGCCUUUAUACAGUAAGGAGGUAGAAGACGAGACAGCUGGCUGAACAUUCGCACUGCCACUGCGACAAAAUGUCUCUUGAUUGAAGGCAUAGGCAUGAUGAUCAGGAGGAGAAAGCGGGCAGCUGAAGACUGAAGUCGAAAACCUUGAAGUUUAAUGUUCAUGCCAAGGGACAUUGUAUGGUGUAGAAGAAUUAUAGCACUGUGACGUAGAAUUGUAUGUAGUAUGAACUUUGAUCUCUUAGUAAAAGCUACUGUACAAUUAAAUCCGGCGGAUAUUGUCUUCGAGUUCACAAGCUCGGAGAUUACUCAGACAGCUGAGCCAAAUACACUGAAUACAUUGGCAACCUGUCAAUGAGAGGUCAUGCAAGACCGAACAGAACUCUCUGAGUAAACACCAUUUUAAUUGUAAGUAUAGACUUUAGUACAAUGCUGACUGAUAUCCACUGCGGUUGUUACUUAGGCCUAUUGGAACAAGUAACAUGCGGCUGCUAAAGGGUGCAAGGAUAUACAUUUUGUUGGUAAUAGCUGUAUGCUGUUAUGCAUGGUAUUUAACGCAAAAGAGGUUUCUGAUUAAACACGUGUUGAAGCUACAGACAACGGAUGUAAGAGCAAAACCAAAUCUUGCACAAUUGAAUAAACAUCAUAUAUUGGACGGUAAAUUUGCAGACGGUAGCAUUAAGUGGACUUCAAAUUCAGAGUUCGAUCGGAUAGCAGAAACAAAAAAUAAUGUUUCAUGGAGUUCGGAUGAAUCAUCGUGGAAUUUCGACAACGGAAACGACACGAAUCCUAAAAGGAUUUACGAAUGGAAUGAAACGGUUGUUUAUCAAGGAUUGCUUCCUCUUGUUGACCAAUUAGAUCUAAAUAAUGAUGGUUCCGAUAAUAAACCAAGGAUAAUAUUUAACCGAGUUGGUAAAUGCGGCAGUCGAUCUGUUCUAGAUAUUUUUAGGAUACUCGCUGAAAGAAAUCAGUUUAAUAUGAUUGAAUCUUUAGUGUACACGCAAAAAAUUCUCCCGCCAGAGAAAGAGGAGAUGAUGGCGCAAGUGUUGUCACAAUUGCAAGCACCUUACUUAUUUCAAAGACACAUGUAUCAUAUUAAUUUUAAUUAUUACGGACUUAAGUCACCGAGUUAUAUCAACAUAAUUCGAGAUCCCAUUGCAAGAUUUACAUCUCAGUAUUAUUUCAAAAGGUUUGGGGAUGGAUUUCAACAAAGAACAUGGACGUUUAAUGGAACUGAGAGCGAAAAAUAUCAGACGAUCAAUGAUUGCGUUCUUAAUAACAAAUACGAGUGUUCUCAACGCAGGAUGUUUUAUAUUUUGCCGUUCUUCUGCGGGAACGAUCCUCGGUGCAAAUAUCCAACUGAUUGGACGCUUGCAAGAGCGAUGGAGAACGUCCGGAAAGAUUUCAAAGUCAUCGGGUUGUUAGAAGAACUACAUGAUACGUUCUUGGUCUUAGAGAAAACAUGGCCAACAGUUUUCAGAGGUUGUGUUAAUUUGUUGAUGCAUCCAAGCAAAGGCCAACAGUUAAAUAGAACGGCUGCUCUGACAAAAGCUAAAGAAAAACCCUCACCAAAAGUGACGGCGAUUUUGAAAGAUCAGAUGGCCUUAGAGUACAGAUUUUAUAAUUUCGUGAAAAGUAGAUUUCAUGCGUUGAAAAGGAAGCUAGGAAUAAAUAAAUCUCUGCGACAAACAACAUAAGGGCACAGGCUGCUCCAUGGGCACCAGGUAUCCCCCAAAUUCUUGAAAUCAAAGUUCAUUGAUAAAUAGGCUAAUGUUCAAAACAUUGUCUGAAACAUGUCUAUAGGUCUGGAACGAUAACAUAACAUUUUUUCUUUAUAAAAGAUGGCUAUCACACACGUAGUGCUACAUCUAGGCCUAGGUCUAAUAGUAAUAUUAAUAGAACAGGUUAUUCAUUUUCUUCCUGCACAGCUUGUGCAUGCAUGUAGAUGUCAUCAUAAUUGUAUUGACGAACACGUAACUAAAAACGUCAUGCACAACAGACUCACUUUAAUUAUGGAACCUUCCGUCAAAUUGAACGAAUUAGAUAAGUAAAUUUAAUGGAAUAAACACAAGGAUUUGAAAUGGAAUCGAAUUAUCCUGAAGAGGGGCUCUAGCUAGAUGAAUGUCAAAUUGUAUUAAACUCGUCUUUCUAAAAAUAA